AUGCCACCGCAAGUUGAAUACAGGCUAUCUAAGGGCAAUCCAAAACCCGAGGUGGUUGCCAAGUUGAUCCAUGAAGCUUGUGGAAAGAUUGUCAGCAACAUCAAGGAUGGUCCCAAAAACGUCGAAUCGUAUAAACGCCUCGAUGUCACAGGCCGUUUCGACAUCGGGGACAUCUUGAUCAAAGACAUCGACAACAACCAGUCUGUGAAGGUCGCGAUGGGCCUAUUCUACAAGGGGAAAGAAACGCUCCCUUUUGACAUCAACCUGAUCCAUCCAGAAUGGUUGCAUUUCAUCUCAACCUACUGGGAAAAAUGGGCAAUGUCCAUAGAUGAUAUUUAUGUUGAAUCUGAGAAAAAUGGACAGAUAGUCGAGGGUGCGAGGAAUUUCGAGGAUCCGAAUAACGACAAAUACGCAUGUUACUUCGUCUAUAGAUUCGAAGCACCACGUCAGAAUGAGGCCGAAAUUCCAGCCGAAGGCGACCGGUCGGUCGGUGGGGACACAGGAUCAUCUUCUGCUUAG